AUCCAAAUUCACUCAUUUCUCUGGAUUACCAAACUCAACAACAACAACAACAACAACACAUCUACUGCAACAAGUUUCAACUUCCUUUUCUUCUCUUGUUCAAUUUGUAUGUGCAAAAUCCAAUCUCGAUCAAAUAAUGGCACUUGAAGCUCUUAACUCUCCUACCACACCACACGCCCCUUUCAAAUUCGAGGAGCGCUCUUUUGAUCACUGGGUCAAGAAGAAGCGAUCAAAGCGGUCUCGUAACGAGAUGUCUCCACCGUCUACUACUACUACCACCACCGCCGCCGCUGACUCCCCUUUAUCUGAGGAAGAGUAUCUCGCCUUUUGCCUUCUUAUGCUUGCAAAAGGCGGCGCAGCUCCAGUAACUACUUCUUCUAGAGUUACUCCUACACCGCUUAAGACUGAAAGAUUAUUUCUAAGCGGUGGCGACCAGAGUAAUCGAUCACUUGUGUAUAAGUGCUCUGUUUGCGGGAAAGCUUUUGGGUCUUACCAGGCUUUGGGAGGCCAUAAGGCUAGUCACAGGAAACCCGCUACAGAAGACGAUAAGCCGUCGGCUGCUGUUACCUCCUCCGCCACUACCACCACAUCUGCCGGCGCUGGUGGAAAGACUCAUGAGUGUUCGAUCUGUCACAAAUGUUUUCCUACUGGGCAGGCGUUGGGAGGUCACAAGAGGUGCCAUUACGAGGGUAGUAUUGGCGGUGGGGCCGCCAAGAGUGGAAGCGGGGUUACCGGUUCAGAAGGGGUUGGAUCUUCUUUGACCAUGAGCCAUGGCGGCUCAGAGAAGCGGGACUUUGACCUGAACUUGCCCGCCUUGCCCGAGUUCUUGCCUGUUGACUUUUUCAAAAUUAGGGGGCAGACUGUAUUUUCAAGGGAUGAAGAGGUGGAAAGUCCUCACCCUUUGAAGAAGCCUCGCCUUGUUUUGACUGGACCAAAGCAGUAAAAAAAUAUAUCCGGUUUAUUAUGGUAUAGGAAAUUGAAUUAGUUCUUUUGUGCUAGCCAUUUCCAUCCUACAAUUGGUUGUUUAGGUUUUAUUUUAAAUAUCUUUUUCUUAUUUUGAAUUUGGAUAUGGGAGGUGGAAAUAGUGAUAUAGUUGUAUAUUUCUGUUACUGGUGUAUAUAAUAUAUACUCCUACAACUAAGUAUAACUGGCUAUUGAGCUAGUAUUGUUGGUAAAUAGAAUGUAGUGGUAGAUUACACUGUACCAUUACGAAUCCAGUUAAUACAAAUUUGUUCAUUCUUUGAA